GUUGGAUCUCCGCUAUCAUAUGGGAUACGCUCCCUGCGCCUGGCUGUCUGACUUGUGUGCCUGUGUGUGAAAGAGAGUUUGGGAAAGAUCCUUUUAUUUCCCUCCAUUUUCAACGAUACUCGGUGCACGGAUCCCGGUGUUCCACCGACCGAUGUUGACCUGUGUCGGCCAGACAAAACCCUCUUUAUCGAAACGGUUUCGAGCCGUGUUUCAGCUAGUCGAACCCUUGAUGGCCGCUCUCAGGUAGCAAUUAAGGGAACUUUGUAUAAAACCAAUCCUUUUAUCUUGAUAUCUCGUACAAAUCCUCCGUGUCGUCGUCGUCGUUGUUGUCGUCGUUGUCGUUCCCUUACCGCGGCAAAUGCCAAACCGACGCGUGAAUCAGCUGCAGCCUGAAGUCCAUUUCGAGGAGGUAAUGGAGAAUCACGAUGCUGAGAGUGUGGAGUGCUGCGUCCCCACUGGUUGUACCUUGAAAGACCCAAUCCACCUUGCGGAUCUUACCGACGCCCGCAAGGUCUUGUGUAACAACGAGCAGUGCACGACGAGCGGGUUUAUGCACUCGGCUUGUUUCGAGGCUUGGGAGGCAGGGGUCCUUGCCUUUCUUAAGAGCUGUGGCCGGGCCCGGAGCUGGUCGGAGAAACAGCGUCACCAGAACCUGUGGACGAAGAAAGGAUACGACUUGGCCUUCAAGGCCUGUGGUUGCAGAUGCGGACGGGGACACCUGAGGAAGGACCUGGAUUGGAUCCCUCCCAAACCCCAGAACGUGCUGCAGCCCGAGCAACAGAAACGGAAGAAGAAGCACAAGCAGAAUGCCCUGCCGAUCUUGGGCCUGGGAUUCCCCCAACCCCAGCUGCAUCACAGCGGAAGCCCCCCCAAAAAUGGGAAUGGAAAUAUGGAACCAAUUCGGGCUCGGACGAACAGCAUGUCGUCGACGGGGAGCACGGGGAGUCCGUCAUCGGGAAAUUCGUCGAAUGCGGAAUCCCCUUCCCCCAUCCACGCUCCCAGUAACGUGAGGAGGAAGUCGGGCAGUGGUGCCAACUUUGACUUCUUCGCUGAACGAACCAGACAUGGCUCAGGGACAAACGGGAUCUUCUCCCGGCGUCUGGAUUUCCGGUCUUUCAACGUCCUGCCUCGACACAAGAUCAACUCCUACCACAUCAAGAUGGAGGAGGAAGGGAGCGCAGGGGAUGAGAUCCGCUGUUUCAUCCUCUCCACGCUGGCGGCAUCCCGAACGGGGAAGGUGAAUUGCACUUUGUGCUUCUCUGGGAUGCCAGUCUUCGACCGCUACCCCCUCGUGGAUGGCACCUUCUUCCUCUCUCCCACCCACCAUUCUCCGGCCUCCCUCCCCGUGAAGAUCGAUGGUCGGGAACAGUAUCUGAGUGCGAUCUGCAUGAGUUGCUUGGAGGGCUGGGGUUCUCGGGUGGUGUGCAAGGGUUGCCGGAGACCCUGGGAUGGAUCCCAGCUCAUCCUGGGGUCUAUGUACUCCUUCGACGUCUUCGCUGCCAACCCCUGCUGUUCUGCUCGCCUUCAGUGCAACAACUGCAGUCAGUUGGUAUUGCACCCGGAACAGCGUUUGGCGUUUUUCUCGGACUACAGUCGCUCGGCUCCGUGUCCCUUCUGCGGACUUCUCGACCAUCACUUCAUCAAACCCCUUCACAAGGUGUACGACAUCCUCACCCUUCAACAGCAACAACAACCUAAACAUCACCUCAUACGCACGUAACCCCUAACGAAAAUUACCAGGACUGGAAAAACAGGAAACUUAGUGGCCGGAAAUUCCUUCUCCUCUUCAUGAAUUUUUUCCUCCAUGUUUUGUUCUUUUUUUUCUAUCUCCUCUCCAUUUGGGAGUUUUAUUCAUGCGUAAUCCGGUUUGAGUGAUUGGUUUUUUCGUGUGGAAAUAUGGUAGAGCCAAGCGUGCCAGCUAGUCCCGGCGGUGAUUAAGAGUUAGAAGGGUAAAACGGCUUCUCUUUGAAAUCUUGAAGAGCCGGGAAGGGAAGGUUUUUUGUCACCUUGUAUGUGGUGUACUCAAAAAGUAGUGGUCACUGCGGCACAACUCCAUCAUUUCAGAUACAGCAUUAAUACUUUAUCUGGAAUAAUGAAGGAGCUCAGUGGUCACUACUUUUAAACGCACCUUUUAUAUCCCAGGGAAGUGAAGAGAGACUCGCGUGAAAAAAAAAUCAAGAGAAUAGAAACUUUUUUUUUGCUCCUUAAUAUUUUUUUUUGGCUUCCUGUGAUGCGAUGUGAUCAAAAAAAUCAUAGCGAGUGGAGAGCCUAUCUCAUUCAGCCCUUUCCUUUCUCCCUUCUCCUCUCUCUCGCUAUUUCCGACUUCUUCCAUCUAAAAGCAUUUCGCAGAACAUAACUAUUUUUACAGAAUAUACCAGCCAAAUAGUACAAGUUUUGGAAAAUGUGAAAUAUUCGUGUACUAUAUAAAAAAAAAUCAAUUCAAGCUAGUUUGCAAGAGCAGGUCAUCAGCUUAGUUACAUAUUAAUUAUAACUUGAAAAAUCCUUGUGCUUUCGCAUGCUUUGUAGUCAGUAGCCUUUUUAAAAAAUAAUUUCUCACAUCUUCAACUUUCGUCUUUCUUCGUCGCCAAAAAUCAUGAGACGUGGCUCUCACUCGGGGGCAAACAGUACCUGGGGUCCGAGUUUUUUUAUUAUUUGCAAAGAAAAAGGGAAUUUUGCAAGAGGAAAUGAAUGUCAUUUUGUGUGCAUGUCAUUUCGAGAGGAAAAGGAGGUGGUGAUGAACAUGGAAAUUCGGGGAGGGAGAAGAAUAAUUCUUUUUGCUCUGAAAAGUUUAUGCAGAUUCACCCGAGAGCCUUUUUUGUAUAGAGUGUAGAUAGAACUAAAAGAGGGCGGCGAGAAAAAUUAUGUAUAGAAUGUAAUGGGAGUUGGCAGAUUUUGGUCCCUUUGUACAUACGCGAGAGGAUUGCUGAUUUUAUGGAUUGCCGUGCAAUGAUGAGCUGGAGAGAUGAAAAAAUUUAAUUGGAAUGGGGAGAGAAGUUAGUGGUGUUCUGGUGUAUUUGCUCGAGGUCUAGUCUUGCCACGCCCGAGGAUGACAGUGAUGAGCAUUUAUAAAGUUUUUGUGCGAAAAGGAGGAUUUUCUUUGAAAAACACCGAGACGACGGAGGUUUUUGCCCGACUGCCACUUUGAUCAAGUUUUUUUAAAAAUUAUUUUUAACUUCCUUCUGGAUAAGUACAAAGAGCGUGCGAGAAGACACGAGAAAGUGAGUUGGGAGGAUAAAAAUUUUCUUCUCAUUCUCCUAUCACGUCUUUAUCCUGUCGACAAAUUUCUCCAGCGUAAAUGACUUGGAAAAAAAGAAGUAAUUUUACGUGUUUGCUUCUCUUCGUUUGACUCUAGGGUAGAUUGGAGGAUAAAACAAAAAAGACAAAAAAAUAUUUUUCUUCUAGUAUGUAGGAGCACGGAAAACGAUGGGGGAAGCUAUAAGGGAUAAUAGUAUUCAGGUUGCUUUCCCUUCCUUUUGGUGGAAGAGAAGGAAGAAAGUAGAAAUUCUUAGGAUGAUAUUUUCUUUUUUUGGCUGUUUGGCUGAAAGGCGUCAAUCACGAUUUUUCUGUAUGUUUUUCUUCCUUACUCGAGGAAAGAAGAAAUAAAGUGAUAUCAAGGUUUUUCC